CAAUCUCAAAUAACUCAACCCUGACACCCGGCGACCUCCUUCCCAAAUCCUAGCCCCCCCCCACCCUAGCACCACCGCGGCCUGCCUUCUCUGGGCGGGUCCUUCCCAGAUCCAUCACGGGAGGUUAAAAAGGAGGCGGGCAGGUGGUGGAUGGACGGGCCGAAGCGACACCUGCGGGUGCGCCUCCGCGUCACUGCGCGCCGGCGGGGCGCCUACGGCGAUGGCGCUGGAGGCGCGUUGGGGCCCAGGCGGCGGAAGUGCCGGAUGGAGACCCCCGUUCUCAACUCCGCUGCCAAGCUUCAGCGCCGCGAGAUCGGGGGUCGCCAGCUCGCGGCACGCGGCGGCGGCCCCGCCGCCGCCGUGCCCGAGCGCUUCCGGAACAUGCAGCUCCAGGAGGAGUUCGAUACAUAUGAUGACAAUGCUAACCUAUUUGUGAAGCUGCAGUUUCUUAAAAGAAGAUCCAAAAUUAAUGAGAUUGUUGCAGCAAAGGAUAUCAUAUUUGCCCUUGCUAAUUCUGGGCUUUGUGCUGCUUUUAACCGAGUAACAAACAAGCGCAUAGGCUUCUUGAAUUUGAGCCCAGAUGAAGUGAUUCGGAGCUUGUUCUACAACAAGAACAACGAUUCCCUUAUUACCGUUUCAGUUUAUGCAUCUGACAAUUUCAGCACAUUGAAGUGCAGAACAACCCCGGUUGAGUAUAUUAGAAGGAACCAGUUAGAUGCUGGGUUUCCCCUCUUUGAAUCAGAGUCUCUGAAAUGGCCUGGAUUUGUGGAGUUUGAUGACGUAAAUGGAAAAGUACUCACAUAUUCAGCGCAGGAUGGUAUAUAUAAGGUCUUUGACUUGAAGAACUACUACUUCCUAUAUUCAAUACCAGAUGAAAAUGUGCAGGAGAUAAAGAUCAGUCCAGGAAUCAUGCUCUUGAUAUACGACAGAACACCAAGUUAUGUCCCAUUGAAGAUAUUAUCUAUUGAAGAUGGGAAACAACUGAAAUUUUUUAAGCACUUGUUACAUCGCAACAAGAAAAUUGAUUUCAUUGAGCAGUUCAAUGAGAAGCUCCUUGUCAAGCAAGAGGACGAAAACUUCCAGAUACUUGAUGUGCGGAGUUCUGAGCUAAUUGAAGUCAAUGUCUCCAAGUUUAUGACCCCUUCAGCAUUCAUUUUUCUUUAUGAGAACAAUCUCUUCUUGACAUUCCGAAACAGAACAGUCGCUGUAUGGAACUUCCGAGGAGAUCUUGUGACUUCAUUUGAGGACCAUUUACUUUGGCAUCAUGAUUGUAGCACCAACAAUAUUUACAUCACUAGCGACCAGGAUCUUAUUAUCUCAUACUGCAAAUCGGAGGCAGUGGCUGAGGAUGGUACAGCCAUGGCGAGGAUGACAGAGUGGCUGACAUUGAGGUCGAGCAGGCGGGAGGGUGUCCGCUUAGGAAGACAAGUUGUUCCAGUUGGAUCCAUCAACAUGAGCGAGAUCAUGACUGGCAAGUGUAUCGCCAAGAUUACUGCCAACGAUCCUGCCCUAAGUGCGCCCCCUCGCAGAAAUGGUCGCAGCAAGCGGCGGUCCUCGGUCUGGAGCACCGUUCCAGAAGCUCUGGAGGACGUCACGGCACUGUUCUAUGACGAGGACAGGAAUGAGAUCUACACCGGCAACAGUCAUGGACUGGUGCAUGUAUGGUCUAACUAGAUGGUAACAUGUCCAUACAUCUCGCCCUUUUGAUUUGACUUGGCUAGCCUGACUGCAUUCUGUAUAAUCCCCGGCUUGGGGCUCACCUAGAUUUUGUAUUUGGCAAUAGAAUGUGUUUCCUUGAGAAAUUGUGAAUGCAAAUCGUUAUAAAUAUCUCAUGUUCGUCUA